AUGAAAGCUGUCGUACUACUACUUUGCUUCGUUGCACUAGCAAGUGCCCAGAUUGAUCGCCACCUGCGGCAAAACUCCGGAUACCCUAUCUCACCAAGAUCACUUAGAGGUUUGCCAUUUAAUUUCGCGAACGUUGGUGAUCUGGUCGCUACACUGAUAGAACAAACUGUGGACUAUAUCUUCCCUGAUGGAUCAACGCCGGGCGACCAAUCGACCGUGGACGGUAUUGGAAAACUAAUAUCAUGGAUAGUGAAUCAGGUUAUCGAACUGCUCAGCGGCGACGAAGCACUGCGCCAAAUGCUUAUCGGAAACAGACAAAUGUUGCGCUUGCAUCCACAUAUGUCCAGGGUCUCACAAACCCAGUAGGUCCGUUCCAACCGUUUUCCGACCGAUUGCGGUUUCAAAAGCAAGGCCCAGUAAUUAGAGCUUUUCUUAAUACGAACCGUAGCGCCAAACAAAUAUGUAUCACUAUUCU